UUAUGAUAAGUGCAAAGAAGAAUAUCUCCUAAUGGCAAAUGCGUUCAUUUUACUUGUUACCUAUUUGAUUCUCGGAUGGUGCAUUACAAUUUCAACAGGUAUUCAAUGGCCUAACAGCAGUUUUGGCUUGCCAAGUACGUAUUCUGGAUGUCCUGGUGACUUGAAAAGUGGUUGGCGUGAGGGAUGGAGGUUGCAGGAUAUGGAGAAUGAUGAUAAAAAUCAUGACCUUCGUUCAAAGGCAUCAUUGAAGAACCACUUUGCUGUUACGUUUAGACUAUCAAAAAUGGAUAUUGAACGAAAAUUUUGUAUGUUGGAUCAAAUAAGCAACAAUUCGAAGUCUUGGCCACGGGGUGCAUAUUGUGUUUACAAGUCAAAUAAUGCUUGUCCAAAUGGUAUGAGUUCUGGUUCUGUGAAAUGGGACGAUGAAGAUGAUUGGCCAAGAAGAGUCAAUGAUCGAGGAGGACAGUUACCUGACGGCACUUAUGAUAGAGACACUACUAUUAAUUAUUGCUGUCGAACAAAUGGAAACUGGUAUGAUUCCAUUGAAUUGCCAGUUAUGAAACCUUUUUACUUGUUGACAUCCAAUUCAUUGUCAUCUCCCAAAUGUCAAAUGGUAAAAUGGGCAACAAGUCAAAUGGAGUAUAUUUUAUUUGAUACGGAGGAUGACAACAAUAGUGAUAAUCUUUCUGGAAAUCAUGUUUUGUUGAAACUUUGA